AUGAGUUUUUAACUUAAAUUUAUAUAAAAAUUAAUUUUGUAAUUAUUCAUUAAUAAUAUUAAUUAAUUGUAAAUAUUGCAAUAAUUAAAUAUUAAAUCAAAUAAAAUGAUUUAAAAGCUAGAAAAACUAAAAAGUUAGGAGUUAUCAAACCUAAAUUCAAUUACCAUUAAUUUACAAAAUUGCAAUAUAAAGUGUUAAGAUUUAGAAUAGCUCUUCUGCAUCAUCAAAGAAGGCUAAUAUUUAUAGCUACUAAAUAUAAAUCUGUCAGAACAAUAGCUAGAUAAAAAAUGUUUGGAAAAAUUAGGAGAAGGCAUAAAACUAUGCAAAAGUAUAGUUCAACUCUAAAUUGAUUUAUAGUAUUGUAAAAUAGAUGAUUCUAGUUUAUCUUAACUUAUGAAGCGAAUAUCUUCUUCCAAAAUCUUAUAAAACCUAGCUUUAAAAUUAAGAUAAAAUGAUAUACGGAAAUCAGGAUUUCAGAAAUUUAGCAAGCAUAUUUAAAAAUGCAUUAAUUUGAAUAAUUUUACACUUUAGCUUCAAAAUAACUAAAUAUAUGAUGGACUCUCAAUACUUGGUCAAGGAUUUAAAAAUUGUUAAAAUUUAACAACUCUUAGCUUAUCAUUUAAAUGGAAUUAAACAAGCUUAGAAGAUGCUAUUCUUUUUUUCAGUCUCAUAGGAUAAUCAUAAAUAAACAAAUUAUCUUUAGAUUUUAACUAAAACAAAAUAGGAGAUAGCAACAUAAUGCCUUUAUGCAAAGGCAUAGCUUAGUGUGUUAAUUUAAUAUAGUUUCAACUUAGUUUAUAAAAAAAUGAAUUGAGUUCUCAAAGUAUGAACUAAAUUAUGCUAUCAAUCUCUAGUCUGAUAAAUUUAAAUAAACUCUCUUUAAAUUUAAAUUAAAACGAAAUUGGUAAAGAUAGCUAUUUAAUUGAUUUGCUCUCAAUCGAAAAUUGCAAAAAUCUCACUAAAUUAAGUCUUUUUUUAGUAAAUAAUUAAAUGAAAGACAUUGGUGCUUAAAAGAUAGGUUUAGCUUUAAGGAAUUGCAUUAACAUUAAAAACUUGUUCUUGAGAUUAAAUGAAAACCAAAUUGAAGAUGAAGGAAUAUCUAAUAUAGGAUAUGGUAUUGCUAAAAUGGCUUAAUUAAAUGAAUUACAAAUAUAUUUAAAAGAUAAUUCAAUAAGUGAUGCAGGAGUUACUAAGUUUACUCUAAGCUUAUCAUUUUGUAAAAUUAUAGAGUUCCUUGUCCUUGAUAUAUAAUCUAACAAUAUUAGUGAAAAUGGAGCUUUGGGUAUAGGUAUGGCUUUGUCUUAACUUAAAAGUAUUUCUCGACUUGAGUUGAACACAUACUUUAAUUGCUUAAGCACAAUUGGUUGCUAAAAGUUAGCAAUUGGGAUUUCUUAAUGCAAAUUUAUUACAUAUUUAAAUAUGAAUUUGGCAUCAAAUAGAAUUUCAGAUGAAGGCAUAAAAAGUUUCGGGAUAUAAAUCCUAAAAUGUGAAAAUAUUAAUACUCUAAAUCUAGAUUUUAACUAUAACUCAAUUACAGUGAUAGGAGCUAAAUUCUUUGAGUAGUAGUUGCCUAAGUUAAAAUGUCUUACAAACUUUACCAUAGAUAUUUCGUAUAAUGAUUUUCAGAAAUAAGAUUAUAAUUAGCUUGGUAUAUUUAUUAAAAGAUGUCAAAAGAUUGUGAUUUUAUCAAUCUUCUUUUCAAGUACUUCUCCAAACGAAAGAUCUGUGGGAUAAAAAUUCAGGUGGAGAUGCUUGAAAGCAUAAAGAACAGUUUUGUUUAAUAGCAAAAAUUGA